AUGGACUCGGCUACCUAUCUCCCCAACGACCUCCUCCAGCCAGACCCAAGCAGCACCUACAGCGCCUAUUUAGACUCAGACUCCACCUCAGACUAUGACCUGGCCUCUGCAGACGACUCCCACGACCAGGAUCUGUCCGAUAUCGCCCCGGAGGAACCCUCGUGCCUCGUCCAGCCAGCUCCAGAUCCCUUGCCAGAGCCCUACAUCAUCAACCAGCCCACCCACCACAACACCCCACCCUUCAGCUUCGGGACUCAGUUGGACCUCAUCUCCCCAAAACUCCUCCACGAUACUGUCAUGUCUCCAGUACCACAGGGCAGGAAAUUCAUGUGCAGGAUCGUCCGGAAGAACGAUGGGGUCGACAAGCGUAUCUACCCAACUUAUGAACUCUUCCUUGAAGAGCCUACGCGUUCCCGCCCUGUGUUUCUGAUGCGCGCCACCAAAAAGAAGCGCAGCCGUGGAUCCUAUUACGCGAUCACGAGUGAUUUGGAUAACAACAUCGGUGGGGACAACGAUCGAAUGGCCAGUGAUGAGGGUUAUGGGAUCCUGGGGAAGUUGCGGUCGAAUUUCUUGGGCACCGCGUUUCAUGUCUACACCAACGGACGGAACCCGUUCUCGGGUGGGGAGUUCAAGCAGGAGGAUGAUAUGAAGGAGCCGGAGGCCGUGGAGAAGGAGAAGGGGAAGGCGAAGAAGGAAACUAAGAAUAAGAACUUGCCAGUGCGACAGGAACUUGGGGCAGUAAUCUAUAAUCCAAAUGUUCUUGGACUGAAGGGACCGAGAAAGAUGACGAUCUUGAUGAAUACCAUGACGGCCGAUGGCGAGAUAGUUGAGAAACGCCCAACCCAGAUCAAAGACACCCUUAUCGGACGUAUGACUGACGGCGAUAUGUCCGACCUCUUGGUCCUGCGAAACAAGAGUCCGCAAUGGAACGAUGAUACCAACUCGUUCGUGCUGAAUUUUGGUGGCCGCGUAUCUCUGGCAUCUGUCAAAAACUUUCAAAUCGUCCAUGACAACGACUUGGACUACAUCAUUAUGCAGUUCGGAAGAACGUCCCAGGAUAACUUUACGAUGGACUGCCAAUACCCAAUGACUCCCUUCCAGGCCUUUGCAUUCGCACUCACCAGCUUCGACGCCAAGUUGGCAUGCGAAUAA